AUGUUCCGUUCUAGUGUAAAUCUCGAUUUUGAAUUGGUCACCUGUAGGGAAGAUUACCACCGGAGUAUUCUUUUCUUCUUUGCUUGCUUAUUUCGCAGGAACCUUCCUUAUAAAAUCACAAAUGAAGAAAUAUAUGAUAUUUUCGCCAAGUAUGGGGACAUUCGUCAAAUCCGAGUAGGAGAGACCAAGGAGACGCGAGGAACUGCCUUCGUCGUCUAUGAGGACAUUUACGAUGCAAAAGAUGCCGUGGAUCAUUUAUCUGGCUUCAACGUCGGUGGUCGCUAUUUAGUUGUGCUCUAUUUCCAGGCCACAAGGUGGUGGUUGUAG